AUGAUCUAUGUCAAUCAAUGUCAACGGUUUUUUGUCGGCGUCAAUUCUACAAAGUCGAGUUCUCAAAAAUGUGAUAUACUGUCCCCUGUUCUGUACAACUUUGUUUUCGAACCUUUGCUCCGCCUACCAGCCGCCGAUAGCUCUCUUCCAGGAUUUGGUCUAUCCACCGACGACCACACUGACCAGCCCUCACCACCACCAGUCAAAUACUUGGCUUACGCGGAUGACACUCUCAUAUUUCCUAAGUCACCUUCUGACCUUGGCACUUUACACAGACAUCUGGAUACUUAA